CAAAUCUCUUUAACUAUAUAUAAACACAAAACCUGUAUUAUUUAUUAGACCUGAUGACUGUUUUAUUGUGGCUGAUUAAACAGACAGUUAAUAACAAAUCUUCUGAAGGAUGUAAGAGGUUAAAUGCAGAGAGUGACCCCCCCUACAGGAUUGAUGGGGUAACUGAACUAAAUACAGCACCAACUAAUAACUGUCUGUCAAGAUGACAGUUCGAACAACCUUCUAAUUGAAAAUUAUUGUCACAAUCUGAGCUUCCGUCCAACCUCCCUCUGACCCUCUGACCUGUUUUGUUUGACGCCGUCACAUGAGAGAGGAGAAUGUCAGUGUGUCUAACAGUUAAACAACCGUGAUGAAAGAAGAGUGAUGAAACGUGUGAUCGUUUCUCUGGGGUUGAGUAGUCUGGGAUGUUUUUGAGCUGCUUCUCUUCCUGGAAAUGUGUCUUACUGCACAUCAUACCCACAGUGUCGUCGGUCACUAAACGAUUGCCAUGACUUUGACUCUGUGACUGCCAAAACUAAUAUGUUACAGACUAAUUGACUGAAGCAAUUGACACAAACAAUCAUGUCAUUUAUAUUAAUGAAGGCCAAUUCUGGAAGUGCUAAAAAAAAAAAAAUGAGUUUCACAAGAUUCACAGAGAUUCACAAAGGCCUCUGUCAAGUAUGAACUAGUGCUGCACGCCGUGCGAGAGACUCAUGUUUUAUUUUCCUAAUUAUAAGAGCUUUAGUGUAAGACGUGUUCUUUGAAUGAAGUUUUACAGAAAAAAAAUGCUUGGAUUAAAAUCUGAGCUCUCAGUGAGCCACUCCCUGAUUUCUGCUUAUUUCAUAUUCUUGAAAGUUCCGAUCAGAGGCCACAACAAGCGCUUGUCCAACUGUGUUUUCAUGUGUGUGUUUAACUUUCGUGUAAUAUUUGGUUGGAUCAGAGUUGGUAAACACAUUAUUUGUUCUGCGUUGCUUCUGUCACCUCUUCUGUUCUGUUGCAUGUGUAAUUUUAGAUUUUUGUGUUAAAUGAUCGGUAUGUGAUGCAGCUCUAUUACGACCUCGAUGCAAACAGGUUUUAUCUUAAAUUUAGUUACUACAACAAAGGUUUCCGCAACAAUGACAUGGAAGACGCCUGUCAACCUGAUCUUUGACACAAAAGCCCAUCAAAAACACCAGGUUAUUUGCUGAUCUGUAAUCACUUGAAAAAGUGCAAAGGUCGUUUGUAAUCCAAAACCUGACACCAGGACGAGGAUUUCCCCAUUUACAAUGUCCUCAAUGAGCUGAGAGGAACUUUGGUGAUUUUUAUUUUUUUUAUAUAGUGAAAUGGGCAGCAAGUCUCCCAAUGUGUCCGAGAGCACGAGGGAUUCUCCCAGGUCCUUCCUGCUCACCAUCAACCUAAAGGAAGGAUGCAACCUGGUCAUCAGGGACCGCUGCGGCACCAGUGAUCCUUACGUGAAGUUCAAACUAGACGGAAAAACCUUCUACAAAAGUAAAACCAUUUAUAAGAACCUCAAUCCUGUAUGGAAUGAAACCUUUUCUCUACCUUUGAAGGAUCUGAAUCAGAAACUUCACAUCAAGGUCUACGACCAUGACCUGACCACCGAUGACUUCAUGGGCUCGGCCAGUUACCUCCUCAGUGACCUGGAGUUUGACAAAGUGAACAAGCUCUCCCUGCGCUUGGACGACCCCAACAGCCUGGAGGACGACAUGGGCCACGUGCUGCUGGACAUGAGUCUCUCAGUCAGAGAUGGGGACAGUAGAAAAGGCCAAAGGUGGCCCCAAAUACGAAAACGAAGUAGUAGGUCCGGAGGUUCCUCUCCACACCAGCGUCUGUCGGAGACACUGAAGAAGAGUCAGUUGUGGACGUCUGUUGUGUCAGUGACUCUGGUUGAAGGCCAGGAUCUGCAGAUGGACUCUCAGGGAGGUCAGCUCUUUGUUCGCUUCAAACUGGGAGACCAGCGAUACAAAAGCAAGAAUCACUGUAAAGUGGCCAGCCCUCAGUGGAGGGAGAAGUUCAGCUUUAACAUGUUUAUAGACAGUCCACACAUCCUGGAGGUUGAGCUCUGGUCCAAGGAAGGACGAAGACCUGAGGAGUGUCUGGGAACGUGUGAAGUGGACCUGUCCACUGUCCCGUUAAAUGAGAGACAGGUGUACAACCACUCUCUGAAUCACGGACGUGGAAGUUUGGUUUUCCUGCUCACCGUGAACCCCUGCAGAGGCGUCUCCAUCUCUGAUGUCUGUGCUGCACCUCUGGACGAACCACAGGAGCAGCAGAUCCAGCUGGAAAACUAUAGUUUGAAAAGUUCACUGAAAAACCUAAAUGAUGUUGGGUUCCUUCAAGUCAAGGUCCUUAAAGCUGUAGAUCUGCUGGCUGCUGAUUUAAAUGGCAAGAGCGACCCGUUCUGUGUGCUGGAGCUGGGAAACGACCGACUUCAGACCCACAUCGUCUACAAGACCCUCAACCCAGAGUGGAACACGGUCUUCACAUUUCCUAUCAAAGACAUCCAUGAUGCCCUGGUGGUGACUAUCUUUGACGACGACGGCGAUAAAGCGCCAGACUUCCUGGGGAAAGUGGCCAUUCCUCUGCUCUUGAUCCAUAGGGGGCAACAGAUCGCCUUCCCUCUGAAGAAAGAGGACUUAAGCGAUCUGUCAAAAGGGAGCAUCACUUUAGAGCUGGAGGUUAUUUUUAACCCUGUCAGAGCAGGUAUAAGAACCUUCCAGCCCAAAGAGAGAACGUUUGUGGAGGACAAUCCCAAGUUUUCCAAAAAGGCUCUCGCCAGGAACGUGCUGCGUGUUCAGACACUGUACAGGGCUAUCAUGUCAACUCUGCAGUACAUCAAAAGCUGCUUCCAGUGGGAGAGCGUUCAGAGGAGCCUGCUGGCUUUCCUGGUGUUUGUCGUGACAGUGUGGUACUGGGAGUUUUACAUGCUGCCCGCCUUCCUGGUUUUGCUCAUCGUGAGAAACUACGCCUUGAUCCGUUCUGGUCAAGACAGCCACGAUCUGGACAACAUGGAUGUGGGGGACGAAGAUGAUGAUGACGAGAAGGAGUCGGAGAAAAAAGGGUUGAUGGAGAAAAUCCACAUGGUGCAGGAAACCAUCAUCACACUUCAGAACCUGCUGGAUGGAAUCGCUUCUUUUGGGGAAAGGAUAAAAAACACGUUUAACUGGUCCGUGCCGUUCCUGUCCGGCCUGGCUCUCCUGGUGUUUGCCAUUGCAGCAGUGCUGACAUACUUCAUACCCAUACGCUACAUAGUUUUACUUUGGGGCAUCAAUAAAUUCACCAAGAAAUUACGGAACCCGUACGCCAUCAACAACAAUGAAGUGCUUGAUUUCCUGUCGAGGGUGCCUUCCGACGUGCAGAAGGUUCAGUACAGUGAGAUCAGAAGCAACAAAAGGAAAAAAGCACAGUGAACGUGCGCCGACGCUGCUGCGGCCGCGUCCGGUGGUCUGUUCAACGUCUGCCGAGCGCCGCUCUCCACGUUUCACGGGGUUGUGUUGGUUUGAAUCCUAACUCUUUAGCACCAAAGCACCUUCCAACCAUAAGCAUCUGGGUUAAAGACUCUUGAAGGAGAGAUUAUUUAACCACUUUUUUUACUGACAUGUCUGAUGUGCAUUUCUUGAGCAAUUGGUUAUAUUUUUCUCCAAAUAUUUCUGGUGUUUUAAUGUAUGUACAGUCUAUUUUAAAAGAAAAUAAUGUAAAAUAGUGAGAGUGUGCGUGACGGGUAUGUAAAAAUUCUAAGUGUAUAUUUUAUAUAUAAUUUCCUGUACAAUUACAAAUAUAACAAUAGUGUAACUAUAAAAAAUAGUCACCAUUAGAAAAGUAAUUUUAAUUAUUACCAGAAACCUUUUUCUUAGAAAUGUUUUUGUGUUUUUUUUUUGGUUUUUUUUUUGUUUUUUGUUUUUUUACAUUUUAAACAUCAGGUAAAUGUUCCAGUUUAAAUCUGUAACACAUCGACAUAUUAUAGAGAAUGAGUUACUGUCACUUUUAUAAACACACGUGCUGGGCUCAGACAGUCCUGACUGACUAGUCGCCAAAAUGACAAAAAUAUUUUGAUGUUUACAUGAACAGGUGAGUAGUUGUUUCCACUUCUAUGAUUCCAUUCAUCCUACACACACAGGGCGUUCUGUACUUUAUCAUCCGUAUCUUACAGCUACUGAUUAAGACUCUGCUUCAGUGCUACCAGCAAUAAACACACACACACACACGGUCC